AUGACUGGCAUUGCAAAAUCCAAAGCACAAGCCGAGUUCAAGAUCGAAUGCCUCCGAAAGGAAAGAGGCGUCGAUGGACGAGAACAAAACAGGCAUGACUUUGCAACGUCUACGCUAAACAAUCUCCUAGAAAUGACUUCGGAUCAACUUUACCAAAACAGUUCCCAUUUUCUGCUUGAACUCAUUCAAAAUGCAGAUGACAAUACAUUCCCGUCCCAAGUGACCCCUACCCUCAGUUUCACUCUGUCCUCAGUACUGGGAUCCCAACAUCUCCGCGCCGACUGCAACGAGGUCGGCUUUACAUUCCAGGAUAUGGACUCCAUAUGCGGGGCUGCGAAAAGCACCAAGAAACAUGUCACGGGGGCCAAGAGGGGCUACAUUGGGGAGAAGGGGAUUGGGUUCAAGUCAGUGUUCAAGGUAGCCGACGUCGUCAACAUUUCCAGUGGCUACUACGAAUUCAAGUUUGACAGGCACAAAUUUCUGGGCAUGAUUCUACCAAUUCUCUCGCCUUUUCCAAGCGGCGAACGUCUUUUGAACCACACUCAGUUCAUGCUACAUCUGCGGGCCGCCGAGGACUUCAACAGGAUCCAGAAUGACCUGCACAGCGUCGAGCCCCAACUCUUGAUAUUCCUGAGAAAGAUCCGGGAAUUGAACAUCCAAACGAGCCACAUCAAAACGAGAUACCACGUUGAUAGCGACGCAUCUAAUGCUAUAUUGGGUGAGAUAGCAACCAUCUCGACCCAGCGAUCUAACGACGCAGCAGAGGAGAGGAAAUAUCUUGUCAGGCGACGAGAUGCCAGAGGGCUGCCGACAGAUCCUCGUCGACAAGGUGUCACGACAUCAGAAGUGGUGCUUGCAUUUCCUAUCAACAAUUCCGACAAUGAGGUCAUUAGUACGCAGAAAGCUUUUGCAUUUUUGCCGAUUGACGAUUUUGGCUUCAAGUUCCUGAUCCAUGCCGACUUUCUGCUUGUUGCCAGUCGGGAGGGCCUUGAUUAUGACUCCACAUGGAAUCUGGCCCUUCGGGAUGCGAUCCAACAAGCCUUCGUAACGGCUAUCAAACGAUUUGUUGAUAUGCCCACAGGUCAAUUCGGGCUAGGGCUGCGAUAUGGAUGGCCGAAAUACAUCAAACAUCGCCAAAACUCACAGAACUUUUGGAACAACUUAGCUCAGGCUAUCUUGCACAACCUCCGUGGGCAACAAAUCCUCGAAUCGCGAAAUGAAUGCAGCUACCAUCGGCCCAACGAGCUACGUUUCCUGCCCACCGAGUUCCGAUAUCAAGGCAAUGCGAUUUUUGAAAGCUUUCAUCUGCGGCAAGCGCAUUUAUCGUUUAAUUACGAUCACGUUUUUGAUGAACUUUCACUUCUUGGUGUCCAACAAACCAGCGUUGAAGACUUGGUAGACGAGUUCUCGAUUUGGAUUGCGGAAUACGGGGUUUCUGGGUUGAGCGCCAGGUCCAUGAAAUGGCAUCAGACAGUUGCUUCCAUUUUUUCCGACCAGGUACAACUGAAGAACACUCUCUCGGGACUUCCAAUCAUUCCUCUUAGAGAUGGGUCCUGGGUGAGUGCGAACACGCCCAAUCUUUAUCUGCGGGCUGAGACUGGCGACGAAUAUGUUCCCGCCUCCAUCGACAUAUCAAUUGUGGACGAAGCUGCAUCAAGUGACCCUGUGAGGAGGCGCUUCUACCAAUUCUUGGGCAUCAAAAUCUACACUCCAAGGCUAGUUUGCAACUUGAUCUUGGAACUACAUAGCGGACACCCUUCGAGCGUCGCAAACCGCACACCGGGAGAUUUGGUCAUGGAUGCGGCUUAUCUGUUCAAACAUAGGAACCUACUCGAGAGAGAAGGCGCUCCUCAGAUGUACUUCCUCGUCAAGAACCAAGGGAACCAUUCGCGGCGCAGCAGUCAGGUUUAUGUUGUCGACCACGCUUCCGUGCCUAGUCUGAUCGACAAGUACAAGGACACGCCCGGAAACCCAUUUUACAUCCUGGACGAAGAAUAUGGAAACUUCUAUGCCGAAGAUGAGGUCACCAAAAGGGCAUUCUAUAAGUGGCUCUUACAAUCAGAACACAUCUCCACAGUUCCAAUCCUGAUUCAAAAUCACCACCUGACUGCAGAAUGGACAUUUUUGCAGAAACGGGAUGUGAUAGAUCUUUUGCUGGUCGUUGAGCAAGUUUGCAAGAAUAGUGCCAUUCCACCACAGCUUUCACAGUCCGUCCCGGAGCUUCAGGUAGGAUGCCGCGACGGUGAUGGUAGGUGUCAAACACUCGCCGACUUGGCCGUUCCGACCAAGGAUCUUUUGCGAGCAUGUCCACAUAUCGCCUUCGCCAAAUUACCAAACCCAGAGAAAUGGAAGUUUCUGGAGAGGUUUGGCAUUCCUGCCACUCCAAAUACCACAGCAAGAUUGCGAGAGCUUAAUGCUUUGGCUGAUCUCCCCAUUCACUUGGUCGAUAAGAACACGGUCCACGAGUGCUACCGUGGGCUGAGCCGAAGCCCAGAACAGCAUAAGCGGAUUAUCUUGGAAGCGUUCAUGUCCAAACCUUUGGUGUUUAUAGUCCGACCACAGCCCCAAUGGGUAAAACGUAGCUCAUGCGUGUGGAAUGCACCUCCAGUACUGAAGCAGGUUACGAGGCUCAUCACUCGAUAUAGCGACUGUCAGAAACUAUUUUGUGAUUAUCUUGGUGUUGAGUCGGCCAAUAUCAAGGACGUUGUGGAUGAGCUUUGCACCAUAUCCGAAGGGCCUUCUGAAGGCAUAGUACAGCGGUGUGAAGAGCUUUUGACGACACUGAAAGGGUUUCUCACACCAGAAUCCGAGUUUACAGCGACGCAAUUCUUGCGCGUCAGACAUGCCAGGGUCUUCCCUGUCUUGAAUGCCGAGCAUCUCACCCAUCCGGUUUCCGAAUCCGAGGUCCAUCUCAAAUCCCUACGAGAUCCGGAUUGGUACAUCCCCGACCUGUUGACGUUGGAGCUUGCCUUUCGAGGCAAGGUUAAUCUUCUCAAAUUCUCUGUCAAAUCAGUAACUGGUCUCGAAUCAGUAUUCUCGAAGUUGAGAUGCCAAAACUUGUAUCUGUCCUACGUUGUCGAAGAAACCGUCAAGCCACAAGGUCUGGAAGUCCGCGACUUGAUGAGAGAGCAAGACCUUAUGGCACGAUUGCCGUACAUUUCAAGUUUGGAGACGAUGGCUAGCGCCAGAUCCAGUCAGAACUCGAAAACUAUACGUGCCUGGUCCGUCCCAUCCGUUGUCAUUACCAGGCGCCUGGAUUCCAUUGAAAUCGAAGAGGACAACGAGUUGGUGACGUUUAAAGAAGACCUUUCUUUCACGGAUAUUUAUUUUCGUGCGGUAAUAAGCCCAUCAAAUCAACCCAAUGUCAUCUUCAAACUGGCAGAUUUCUUCUCACGACAGUACGCUGUGAAGAGCGAAGACAUGAAUCUCUUCAUUCUGUUGUUGAAUACCCCACUUGACAACCUAAACAGUACCAUGGCCCAGCACAACCGAUUUAUCCCAGAUGGGGGGAUGCUCGACUGUGAAUCGUUUAAUCAGAGAGCCGUCAAUCAGCCAGAGUCAGGACCAAUGGAUUUUCUCAGGAAUCAACGCAGUGAAGUAUCCGAAAGGGUCCAAGAAGACCCCGACUGCGUGAUGAUUACAACAGAAGCUAUUGAGCCGAAUCAGAUGCCCGGCUCCAGCGACUUGAUCAAUUUCCAACAUCGUCUACGGCAGUUGGUCCCCUCUUUCGAAUCGAGGUCCCGGAGCAUUGCGAACAGCGCCAGGAACUUUCGAAUAUCAAAACAUCACAUCGUGCGUGGGUCUGACACGCGAAGGACAAGCGAGAGGCUUCAGCGGAUGCUAGAUUCUGCCCCAGGAAAUUCAGUAUCAUCUAUUAUCUCUCUACUGACAGAGAGAAAUUUGCCAUCUUUCGUUGCAGGCUCUGGUGGAAAUGACGAACCGUCUCUAGAAUUGCCUGUCACUCCAAGCGCUCAGCAGGUUCGAACGAGGCAGAUUGGUUUCUUGGGAGAAGUUUUCAUCCACAAGCUAUUCGAGAACCAGAUCAGUGGCUGGUCCCACGAACAAUGGACUAGCAAACUACGUGUGGAGAAUGGGCACCCGCGCUUCACAGAGCUGGAACGGAAUUUCGCCGACUUUACUUAUACCGAUGAUUCCGGUCAAAUGAAGGCGUAUUUCCAAAAUGCCGGCGUGGAUCAAGCCGCACGAUGGUCUAAUGACACUACAUACCAUUUGGAGGUCAAGACCACCACAGGUUCCUGCAAUCAGCCUUUCUUUGUGAGCCAAAAUCAAGUCAAUAUGAUGCGGAAAUUUGACAAGGAUCCCGGGAAUGCAUACAUUCUUCUUCGAGUUUUUGACGUCGAUGGCGAUAACCCGGGUCUCAAGAUUUAUCCGAGUCCUUGGGGCCUUGGUUUAACUGGCAUUCUUGGCUUCUCCGCACCUGGUGGGUAUGAAGUACUUGAAGUACGGCAAAUACCUCUGUGA